CAACCACUCUGCCGCGUCGCAAACUCGAUAUUUUUAGAGAGAGAUCGAGCGAGCGAGAGAGAGAGGAAAAGGAGAAAAAAGCGAUCGGCGAAAGCUGAAAAUCUCGAAUUUCUAGGGUUUUUUUAGCCCUAGAUUCUCUGCAGAGAGACCGGCUUCGCUCUCUCCCUCGUCUUCUUUGUUUUCUUCAUCAGCUCUUUUCGAAGAUCACGAUUUUUCGCCCUGAAGGCUCUGUGCAAGGAGAUAGAAAGAGAACGAGAUGGCCAAUGCUGCAUCAGGCAUGGCAGUCAAUGAUGACUGCAAACUGAAAUUCUUAGAGUUGAAGGCAAAACGGACUUACCGCUUCAUAGUUUUCAAGAUUGAGGAGAAGCUGAAGCAGGUCAUUGUUGAGAAACUUGGGGAGCCAAACCAAAGCUAUGAGGAUUUCACUGCAAGCCUGCCAACAGAUGAGUGCCGAUAUGCUGUUUAUGAUUUUGACUUUGUAACUGAAGAGAAUUGCCAGAAGAGCAAGAUAUUCUUCAUCGCAUGGUCCCCAGACACAUCUAGAGUAAGGAGCAAGAUGCUGUAUGCUAGUUCGAAGGACAGGUUCAAGAGAGAACUUGAUGGAAUCCAGGUUGAACUGCAAGCAACUGACCCUACUGAAAUGGGCCUUGAUGUUAUUAGAGGUCGUGCCAAUUAGACCUUGUUGCAGUUGCUGCUGACUAGGUAAAAUAGGCCAAGUGGUGGUAGUUACCAUCACAGUCUGGAGGCUUUAAGUGGAGUGUUGAUAGCUUUCUGGGGCAUGGAUUCACUAGAUACAUUGUCUGCUUGUUGGUUCAAAAUUACAGUACAGCUCUUGUGUAUGUUUCCAAGCUAUAUUGACAGUUUAUCAUACUUCUUAUGGCUUAAUAUUUGUAGCACCUACAUGAAAGCUGACAUCCCAUGUCUAGUGCUACUUGCACUUGAUUGUGGCACUUUGAUGGUCUAUAACUGUUUGUGGACUUGGAGCACUUAUAGUUUGUUUUGGGAGGAUAAAGAUGGAUCAUUGUUCGAUUUA